AUGUCGCUCGUUACGCUCAACACGACCAUGGGCCCCGUCACAUUCGAGCUCUACACCCAACAUGCUCCCAAGACUUGCAAGAACUUUGCAGAACUCGCUCGCCGUGGGUACUAUGACAAUGUCAUCUUCCAUCGAGUCAUCAAGGACUUUAUGAUCCAAGGCGGUGAUCCAACAGGCACCGGCCGCUCAGGCUCGUCCAUCUACGGCACCAAAUUUGAGGAUGAAAUUGAUGGGCAACUCAAGCAUACAGGCGCAGGUAUCUUGAGUAUGGCCAAUAGUGGGCCCAACACCAAUGGUUCACAGUUCUUCAUUACACUUGCACCGACACCUUGGCUGGAUGGCAAACACACGAUCUUUGGGCGCGUCACGAAUGGCAUGCGCGUGGUUGAGCGGAUGGGACUUGUGGCUGUGGACGCCAACGACAAGCCUGUGCAAGAUUUGGUCAUCACUGGGGCUACAGUUGAAGGAUAG